UUAGCUCAAGAUUAUUACGUUGGUACGUUACCAAGUUGACAAGAGAGUAUAUGUGCGCAUGGAUAAGGAUGAAUGAUCAACCUCGAUACAUUUGCAUUUGUUAGCUGUUGCCGUCGCAUAUCUCAAAGAAAAAGCAGAGCAACUUAUAAGUACCACAGAUGAGGGAUGGGCCCAUCUUGUCAAACAAUUCUACCAGAUAUAUGACACCAUUAGUAAGCCGCUUGAUAUGACAUUGCUCAUGGACAGUCCGCUUUGGUCACCCGAACUGAAAUCACGCCUUCGACAAGCAUGUAGUAAAUACUUGUCUGGACUACUUGAAUCCAUGCCCAAUUAUAUCCGUGCACGACGCACAUUUUACAUCAACGCUUGCCGAUUUUUCGAGACCGUCUAUGCACAUGAACAAAUCAUGCUUACCGCGCCUGCCUAUGAAUCGUUCGACGCCUCCGUUUUUUACGCAACACUAGAUCAAAACUUGCCACCGCUCGUUGAUGCAGCACGAAUGUCGGACGAUAUGUUACAACAACAAAUCGAUCAUUUAUUGAUAGAAGAUCCACCACAAGCUUUAGAUUGGGUUAUAUCACCAGAAGGGGAAGGAGAAGAACGAGGAACAUCGACAGUAGGAGCAAUUGGGGAUGUAGAGACAGCGCAAAAAUCCAUUGGCGAGUUUAGUCAACUUUGUCUACAAGCGAACAUGCUAGGCCUGGCGCCACAUAUUAAUGCGUUUGUCUAUGAUAUGGCGAGCGAGCGGUUCCAUUUGCCUGAAGACAGUUGGGAUCAGGUCAUCACUGAACAUACGUUACGAAAACAGCUGCUCUGGAUGCGACUGGUGGUGUUGCCAUGGUACUCGCAUACACUUCAAGAACUAGAUGUACAAGAUGGAUCCCAAAUACGUAAAGCAAGUCGCGCGGAAUGGUACGAUUUUUUGCGGGAUAAGAUUGUCCUGGAGCAUACAUUGUACAGAGCCUUUUAUGAAACUCGCGUCGAACGGAUAUUUGACAUCAUUACCGAAUACCCUUCAUCUAAACCUGUUGUAGAGGAUCUCAAGUUUAUUGCAGAUAAGAACUCUGCCGAUAAAGUAACACAGUGGUCAAGCGUACCGAAUCGUAUAAAAGAUGCUGUUUUAAAUGAGUUCCGCACUCGACUACUACGAAACGGCACAUGGGCAGCUGAUAUUCUUCAACAAUAUAUCCUAUGCAUUCAAUGUCUCAAAGUCAUCGAUCCAACCUGUUCAAUACUUGUUCCAAUUAUUGAGACAGUACGAGACUAUUGGAGCACUAAACGAAAUGAUGUUGUACCAGCUGUCGUGGAUAUGAUUCGGGAAGGGGAAGAAUACGGGCUGGAUGAUGAUGAAAACAUAUAUGAGUUUACUGAAGGUGAAAUCGAACAACAAGAUAAUAACAAAGAUGAGCGAGAGCAACUUUUAAGGUUACAACAAAUGACGCUAGAUCCAAUGGCUAUGCUUAUUAGCAUCUGUGGCUCGACUACCGAGUUUGUGGAACAAUAUCAAGACAAACUUGGCAAGGCACUGAUGAUGUCUAAUAACUAUGAUACCGAUGAAGAGAUGAUCAAGUUAGAAAUGCUAAAACGACGAUUUCCAGAUAACACAAUGACGAGUUGUGAUAUCAUGAUCAAAGAUAUAGCGGAAAGCAGGCGGCUUGAUCGACAAAUACACGAAGAUGCGCAAGGAGUUCAGUCUAUAUUUCAUGGCAUGAUAUUAUCUCGGCACUACUGGCCUGAGAAAGGAGAGGACGACGAUGACAACGACGAUGAUGAUGAAGAUAUCGUCAUGUACGGGGAAAAUCAACAAGAAGGAACAAAAGAAAAGAAACCAGCAACGCUACUGGAUGAUGUGGAACAAACUUUACAGGCAUAUGUCGAUAAGUUUAAACACUACAAAGCGAACCGCAAGUUGCAUUGGAAACCGUCACAGGGAUCUGUAUCGAUUGAAUUGGAGUUCCAGUCUAGAACGGUGGACAUGAUAGUAGAUCCUAUUUCAGCCUUAGUCAUCUCACUGUUCCAGGGCAAAGGUAUAAAUAACCUCAGUACACAUUGAUAUGAAGUGAGAAACUGCCUCUCUAACAUGACCUUUUCUCCCCGUUGUCCUAUUCUCUCUCUUUACAGGACAACGAUACACGGAUGAAGAAAUAGCUAGCAAGAUCCAAGUAAAUUUGAACAAGGUUAUGGGGAGCUUAGAGUAUUGGGAAAAGGAAGGGAUACUGAUGUUAUCGAACGAUUGUAAAUACCAACUUGUCGAAGAGUAAAUGCAUAAUCUAUAUCCACAUAGUAUAAAGACCAAACGAAUCCUAU